CACAAUGCACACAGUUGGGAAGUGUAGUUGCUUCUCUCCCGCUGCUGCCUCUCUUUUCCUCUUUCUCUUUCUUCUUCAUCUCAGGUUAGGCUUUGCUCUUGAAGAUCCAAGAAAACUGAGAGACUAUUCUGCUCGGAAAUAUUAAAUGGAGGGAAGUGAGAUCCGUUGUUGGAAUGAGCUAUUCCCAGAUGUGCUCUGGUUAAUCUUCAGCAAAAUAUCUUUUGAGGAGAAAUUAACAGUGAUUCCAAGGAUUUGCAAAUCAUGGAGAAAAGUAGUGUUGGGGCUUUACUGUUGGCAAGUGAUCGAUAUUUUGGCAUGGAGCCACUACCGGCCCAAGCAACUGGCAUGGAAAGGGAUCAACUUUGAAGAAUGGAUUUUCCAGUUGGAUCAAAUGCUUCGAAUGCUUAUCAUCAGAUGCUCUGGUGCUCCUCGAAAGCUCUGUGUCUCUGAUAUACCCAACGAUGCCAUAUUUUCCUUUAUUGCAAAUCAUGCUAGUUCCCUUGAGACCUUGCAGAUGCCAGGAAGCAAAAUAAGUGAUUCAAUAGUGGAGAAGGUUGCAGGGAAAAUGUGUGCCAUCACUUUCUUAGACUUAAGCUACUGUGAUAACAUUGGGGCCCUUGCUCUGGAAGCAUUUGGUAGUAAUUGUAGAUUGCUUUCGAGUUUGAAAAGGAAUAUGCACUCACCCUCGCUAAGUGGGGUUUGCCAGGACGAUGAAGCCCGCGCCAUUGCAAGCACAAUGCCUGAGCUCAAGCACCUUGAGAUAGCUGAUACGAACAUCACAACUGAAGGGGUCCUAGACAUACUUUCUGGUUGCCAGAAGCUCGUAUUCUUGGAUGUGAGAGGCUGUUGGGAUGUGAAGCUCGAUGAUAAGGUCCUCAAUGAGAAAUGGUCUGGGAUGAAGGUGCGGCGUUAUUACUAUUGUUCUUUUGAUGAUAUCCCUGAAGGAUUUGUGAUCUGAAUGAAUGAUGAGAAUUUAGUGUAAAUCUCUUUACUGGUGGUGUUGUUUGGCUGCAAACCUUGGUGUAAGAAAUAACAUGUAUCCUCCUUCCUUCUAUGGACUAAGUUUUCCUUCACCAGUAGAAGGAUGAUGUGACUAUGUUGUUA